CAAAACGCUAGGAGUAUUAGACUUCAAUCAAAGAGAAAUGAAGUCCUCGACUGCAAUGUUCUGUGCCAGCUCCUGCUCGUGGCUCCUCCUGUAUUUUACUGCUGGUUCUUGGAGCUACCCAUCUGUUCACGAAGUCAGCAUCAACACCGCGUCCGAGCACUGCACUGCCAAUGAUCACCACUUGGCGCUGGAGUCCGGCAAAAACUGCACUAUCCAAUGCUCCAUAAUGAGAGCCGACGAUCAACAAUUUCUGCUCUUCUUCUAUCAGUACGAGCAUAUCAUGCAGUACGUUCGAGACCCAAUUGUUACUACCUGUGACAAUGGGAGCAUCCAAAAGUGUACUGGGGAGAUGGCAGUGGAUCAUACCUUCCACCAUCAGCACAUUAACUGCCUUUUUAUAUACUAUCAAAGUGGGGCAAGAUUUUAUACUAACACCCUCUAUAUUGAAGUUGAAGAGUUCUCUUCCUCUCCACUUCCUACAUUUACUAGUAGUAUUAUCACAUCGAAAAUAGUGAAAACAAGUGAAGCAUCGAGCAGCUACUACCCUUUGCUAAUGACUUCAUCUGCUGCUGUUUUCACAACACCCAGCCCAUCACCUCCUGUUGUGAGCAGUAGUGAAGUGGCAGGGAACACCCCUUUUUGUUACUGUCCAUCCAUGCUGCCUUGUGUUCCUCCCACUGAGGACGUGACUGGCUCCACCACACAACCAGUGCUGGCCUCCCUGUGUCUCCUUCUGUCCUCUCUCCUCUCCUCCUCCUCCUCCCUCUUCCACAUAGUGUUCUGAUCUCUACGUAUCAUCUAUAUUAUACCACUUCUGGUUUCCUUAACGUUUCCUUAACAUUUCCUCAUUUUUUUAUUUGAGAGUGCAAAUACUUCACUCAAUUACAUAUUAGUCCUACCUAUAAACCUCUUUGAACUUGCUGGUUUGUUACACACUCAUAUGACAUCGUCAAAUACCAGCCACACCUACCUCUGUUUUAUAGUAACCAUCA